AUCGUAACCUGAGCGGACAGCUUCCAGAAGACAGUUGGUUGACACUAUGGCUAUAUCUACAGUUAGUUGCCAGAUCAGGCAGGUUGACGCACGGCCAGUUUUCACCAUAGACAGAAUCCUUGGGUUGGACUUGGACAGGCAAGAACUACGCAAUGUGUCCCUGAAGCUGUAUCGACCAUGGACAGAGUUGGAAACAACCCAACAGAGACGUCACAUUACAGUAAAAGGAUCAUCGAAGUCUUCGUCRGAGAUUAAGAGAAAAGAAGAGGAACAUAAACUCAACUGUAAASACUUUACAGAGUCCUACAGGAGAACAUUGAAUUGGUACAUCGGGCGCAGGCCGCGGACGGCAUUCAGUAGUGCACAGAUUGAGGUCCUGGAGAGUGUGUUUCUCAUCAACUCCUACCCGGGUAUUGACAUCAGAGAAGAGUUGGCACAGAGACUGCAACUGGAGGAGGACAGAAUACAGAUUUGGUUCCAGAACCGCAGGGCCAAGCUGAAACRUUCUCACAGAGAGUCACAGUUCCUCAUGGUGAAAAAAGCCUUUGCAGAUCUUAAGGACAAAGAAGAGGAAUAAUGCUAAAACAAGGACAUAAAAUGAUUUACAAUA